CCGCCCGCCUCAGUCCAUCGCUAACUGCCGCUCCGAGAUUUCAAAGCGGCGUUGAACGCGCGGCAACCAAACAUUCACUCGUUCGCGUCGUGUAGGGCUAUAGACCGAACUAGUUUCCGGCUCGACCGGACCGCGACCGUAACACCUCCGCACCGAACCAGUGGAUUUAGGAUAUCGAAUCGGUGAAUGAACAGUGUCUAGUGUUGUGCUGCGUUUCAACGUUACCGGUAAUCGAUGCGUAUGGUGGCGUGACCCCGGGUUGAGACUCAUCAAUCCGCCGAGAUGUCGCAGCCGCCGCCGGGGCGAGGACGCGCUCGGGCCCCUUCAUCUCCCCUCAACUACCGUCCCCCCUCGCCAUGGGCUCCCAGUCCCCCGCCCAUCAUCUCGGGUCCACGGCACCCCGCUGCCAUCGUGACGCCUCCGCCGGUCCACCCGUCCCCGAAGCCGUUCCGUCCGCUCCACUCCCCCCACAAUCUGCGACAGCACUCGCCGUCCCCCAGCUCGCAUUUCUCGAUAUCCCCCUACCCGAUGUCCCCCACGCUGGGACAGAGUCCGGAAUAUUAUUAUUCUUCGCCUUACGAAGGCGUUCGCGAGUUCGAAUACGCGGGAGGACCGGAACUUCCUCCGCCUCCUCGUCCGAUGAUUUACGAGGAGGACGAAGAGGACCGGGGUCCGUCCACUGCGGAGAUCAUUGCCCAGCAGUCGCAAGAAGGAUACGUUGAUGAGAAGCUAGCCGAGUAUCAAGCGACGAUUCAGCUAUUGCAAGAUGAACAGGAAAGAGUACAAAAGAAAACUUUCGUCAAUUGGAUCAAUUCACAUUUAUCGAAGCGCAUUCCGCCACUGCGCAUCGAUGAUCUGAUCUACGACUUGCGAGAUGGAACGAGACUGCUGGCGCUGCUGGAAGUGCUAUCAGGGGAGAAGCUGCCAAUGGAGCGAGGUCGGGUGCUUCGGCGUCCGCAUUUCCUGUCCAAUGCGAAUACGGCGCUGCGCUUCCUCGCCGGGAAGAGAAUUAAGCUAGUGAACAUCAACGCCGCGGAUCUGGUCGACGGGAGACCAGCUGUCGUCCUCGGACUGAUCUGGACCAUCAUUCUUUACUUCCAGAUUGAAGAAAACAGUCGGGCACUGGAAUACCUGGGUGGGUCACGAUGCGCCUCGGCUAUGUCUUACGAGUCUGGUGCGGCGACGCCCACGCAACGUGCUGAAGAUAAGUGGAAGCAGGGAGCCAGGAAGACUUUACUGCAAUGGGUCGCUAAUGCCCUGCCUAAGGACUCCAACAUUCAAGUGACAGACUUCGGUCCAUCCUGGAGAGAUGGUAUCGCAUUCCUGGCCAUCAUUGAUGCUAUCAAAGCCAACCUCAUUAACUUGGCCGAAAUGAAAAGGAAGUCCAACAGACAAAGAUUGGAGCACGCUUUCGACGUUGCAGAAACCGAGCUGGGCAUAGCCAGGCUCCUGGAUGCGGAGGAUGUAGAUGUAGACAAACCAGACGAACGAUCCAUCAUGACAUAUGUAGCUCAGUUCCUUCAUAAAUACCCUGAACCGAAAACGACAGGGCCGGAUGCCGUAGCGGCAGUACAAGAGGAGUACGAAUCUCUUAGGAUGUGGCUAACUGAACGAGUCACCACGAUUCAAAGACAAUACGACUCGCGAACGCUCUCGCGAAACUACGAAGAUUACGUGCGUGCCGAAAAUGACAGGCUCGCGCGCGAACCCAUAUACAACAAACUCGAAAAACUCAUGUACACACAGAGCUUAGUGGCGAUAGCACCCAAAUCAUGGCGUGAACUAGUCACUCUGUGGAUAGAAUUAGAAAGACUGCACAGAAAAUGGUUAUGGCUUUUGGAUUCUGAGUUGCCAGGCGAUUUCAGAAUAAUUGGCGAAUGGUUAGCGAAGGCCGAAUAUCUAUUGUAUUUUGAUGAAAUACCAACUAACUUAGACGAGGUAACCGCGGCUAUCAUCAGCCAGAAGUUGGAAGAGCACAGCGCGUUCUUUGCAGGUCUACCAGACGUAGUUGAUAGAUUCGACGCCGCGUUGCGUUCACCCGACGCAUCUAGAAUACCGGGUGAGCGAUUACGGGAUAUGAGAGAUCGAUUGACGACUGUGAGUAGAAGAGCGCCUCAAAGGAAGGCCAGAUUAAAGUAUUUAGAACACAAAUGUUGCAUAGUUGCAUUCACGGAAUUGACGAAAGCUAAACUAGCCGCUUGGACUGGUAAAUAUGGUCGCAUAGACCACGUACGUGCCUUAUUAGAUGACUACGAUAAUUUUGUUACUAAAAAUAAAAUUUUCCAAGAAUUCGACAGAGCUUACGUAGAUAUUAAACAAGUAGCGGAUGAAUACAAGAGGGUUUGCGAAGUCGAUAGGACUGAGGCAAGAGAGAUUGAUCUGUUCCUCAAAGAUGUUGCGGAGACUUGGAAGCGGGUCGCUUCUGACGUCAGAUGCGCAAGGAGCGUUUUGGAGGAAGUCAUCGCCCACUGGGAGAGGUGGAAUAGCAUUUCCAAUGACUUUACCGUUUGGUUGGACAAAGCGCAACACAUGUUGAGAGUGUCUGAAGAUGAGCGACUAGAGUUUUUCCAAGAUCUCACUGUAUGGAAAGAGAAACACCUGCGUUUGGGCGAGGCUGCUGGUUUCCUCGCAGCCACGUGUUCUGAAGAUAUCAGCUCAGAGAUUAAGAGGAAAUAUGUAGAGAUCACAGAACGCUGGGAGCGAGUUUGGGAAGAAGCCGAACGCUAUGUACGAGGUGGCGAUGCACUUCGACACAGGCGUGAGUUAGCCAAUGGAGUCAGAACUUUGGAUUCGUGGCUCACCAGCGCGGAGAAUCUUCUUAACAGACAGCCCCGGGCCAACACCGACGAUAUACAGGCAUACAUUGACCAGCUGUUACAGCUGAACUCUGAAAUUGAACAGCACGAGGAAAUAUUUAAGAGCAUCAGCAGGACCUUCCAAACUGCGAUUGCCGAGAUGCCUCGAGAUGAGGUGGAAACCAACAUGACCAAAUUGAAACAGCAGAAGGAGGCCUUGGUCCGAGUGAGAGCCACGGUACCCGUGAAGCUCCACCAGUACAGACAGCUGCUGGUGCAGCACGAGUCUUUGGAGAGUGGACAGAAGGAAAUUGGAUCUUGGCUAGACAGGGCUGAAGAGACUCUGAGGACAACCGGAGAAACCAGACGAGAAAUUAUAGAAGAGCGUUAUGAAAUCCAUCGCACGUUCUUCUCUCGCACCACCUACUACCGCUCCAUGCUGGAGAGCAAGAACAAGGUCUUCCAGAAUAUCGUCAAAUCCGCUGACACUGACAGGAGCGCUGAUGUCUCUGACCAAGUUAAGAUUAUGAGAGAUCUUAAUGAAAGAUUUGCGCACGUAUCAUCAGAGGCCACUCGCCAAGAGGCGGCCCUACAGCAUUUAGUCCGAGCUUGGGAUGAAUUCGAAUCGAAGAAGAGAGUCGUUGAAGAAUGGGCAUCUAGAGCCGAGGCACUGCUCGCUGAUAACAGAGUCGAUACGAAACAAGCCGUCGACUUCCACAAGAGGUUCUUCCAAGGCGCAGACGAGAGAGCCGUUUCUGAACUUGUCAGAUCUGGACGUGAACUUAUUGAGUUGGUGAACGAGGAAGAUCGUCCUCGUAUUGUCCACACCGUUGAGGACCUUCAGCGUCGCUGGCGAGAGCUCCUAGACAAGGCUCCCCCACAUCUCAUGCGGUUGGAGUUCAAACUCGACGAAGCUGUCUUCCACCAUUGCAUCAAGGAUAUUGAAAAAGAGAUUGCUUAUGAAGAACAGAUCAUCACAUUUAUGUUUCUAUGUAAAUAUUCUGAUGUGUAA